GCUAAAAUUAAACGGAGUUGCUGCCAUCUUUUCUCCUGCCUCAUCAGUGCGUGCUCAGAGUGAAAGAUCAAGCUGGUCUUGAUUCUUCAGGUGAUUGGGAAAUCCUAGGUCCUAGGGAGCUCUGAAGAUAGAUCUUUGUAGGUCUACUGCCUGACCAUAGUGAUGCGUGUCCAAAGAGUUGUACUGAAUUCCCGACCUGGAACACAUGGCACACCAGUGGCAGAGAAUUUCCGUACAGAAGAGGCUAAUUUGCCAGAUAAAUUAAAUGCGGGACAAGUAAAAGCCAGAACUCUAUAUCUCUCUGUGGAUCCUUAUAUGCGUAUUAGAAUGAAUGAUUACACUGGUAUUGACUUUAUGAAGCCUUGGCAGCUGUCUGAAGUGCUUGAUGGUGGAGGUGUUGGAAUUGUAGAAGAGAGUCAACAUACAAAUUGGGCUAAAGGCGAUUUUGUGACUUCUUUUAACUGGCCCUGGCAGACUAAGGCUAUUUUAGAGGGAAACACCCUUGAAAAGAUAGACCCACAACUUGCAGAUGGACACCUUUCUUACUUUCUUGGUGCUAUUGGUAUGCCAGGUUUGACUUCUUUGUUUGCAAUUAAAGAAAGAGGUCACAUAACUAUUGGUUCCAACAAGACAUUGGUUGUCAGUGGAGCUGCAGGUGCUUGUGGAUCAUUGGCUGGCCAGAUUGGCCGUUUGGAAGGCUGUUCCAGAGUGGUGGGAAUUUGUGGAACAGACGAGAAGUGCUCCAUCUUGGUCUCAGAACUGGGCUUUGAUGCUGCAAUUAAUUAUAAGAAAGGGAAUGUGGCAGAAGAACUCCGCAAGGUGUGCCCAUCUGGAGUGGACGUUUACUUUGACAAUGUUGGUGGUGACAUCAGCGAUACUGUUAUACGCCAGAUGAAUCAGAACAGCCAUGUCAUCCUGUGUGGCCAGAUCUCUCAGUACAAUAAUGAUAUGGCUCAUCUUCCCCCAUUGCUUCCUGAAAUAGAGUCAAUUCUGAAAACAAAAAACAUCACAAGGGAAAGAUUUAUGGUGUUUCAAUACAAGGACAAAUUUGAGCCUGGAAUUCUACAACUGAGUCAGUGGUUUAAAGAAGGAAAGUUAAAGAUUAGAGAGACAGUGAUCAAUGGCUUGGAAAACAUGGGAGUUGCCUUCCAAUCUAUGAUGACAGGAGGCAAUAUUGGGAAACAAAUCGUUCGUAUUUCUGAAUAAAAAUCUCUGUCCUUUCAUUGGAUUACACAUGAACAAGAACAUCAAGCAGAUUUCUUUUCAAUUUUAACAAGAGAGAUUUUAAAGUCUGUUAAUAGAUUUAUUAGAUUAAUUAAACUAACUUUUAUUUUGUCUCAUUUUAUUUCAUAUUUGCAGCAUUGGUGAUAGCUUUAAUGAUAAUUAUUUCUUCCAACUUCAUAUACCCUAUGUAUGACUAAUUAUAGUAUAACAAAAGGUCAGCAUGACCCAUUUUUCAUUUUCUUCCAAGAGCUAGCAUUAUGUAUGAUGUUUGUAUUUGAUAUUUUGAAUCCACAGAAGAUUUUAGUACUAUUUUUAAUAUUCUGAAUAAAACAACAAUUGAGAAAUUACUUUGUACUAGAACCUUUUCAAUAUCCAUCUCAGGUAAUUUUUUAUUCAUUUCUAAUCAUUGACUUUUGCAUCUAGUGGGAAUAGAGUGCUUGCUACUUUAUAACAUUAUCAUUAAGACUUCCUGUAAAAGUUAAGCUUGACAAUAUUCAGAUUGUUCAGUUGUGUUUUGUCUUCAAGAAGAUGAACAAACUCAAGUCUUUAAAUACUUUAAGAACUAUGUAAAGGUCUGAUUGGAACAUAAAUAAAGACACUUUCCUUUUGAGCCUGA